UUGGUCUUCCGCCUGUAUAGUGAGUAUCCAGAUUAUGUUGACGGGAUGAAUACACCAGAUUUUGUUAUAGAAGUUGAGAUGUACUCGACUAGUACGACUAUUAGAUGUACUACUCGACUCAUUAUACUCACGACAUAAACUUAAUGAGAAAUCUGUCUGUCAUUCUAUUUCAACAGGAUCGUCUCGGAGUUCCAAACUAUAGUAGUUGACGGGAAUACUCAACAUAAUAUGUCGACAUCCUGUCUAUAGUGGGUCUCCAGAUUAUAAUCGGGACUCUUUUUGCAGGUCUUGCACUCAUACUCAAUGGGAGGACGAGGAAUGUACCACCUACUUAGUUGUAGUUGUACCACCUAGUAGUAGCUCUUGUUCUUGAGGGGCUCAGAGUAUGAGUACGUUUAAUAUUUUCUUUGUGUUCAUAUGAAGCGCAUUUUAGGUGGCACUGCGGUAAGCGCUUUGAGCACAGUUCCCAAUGGCGAGGCCGAGCCGCGUAAUCUUCCGUCUUCAGUUGGAGGAAAUGUUAAGGCAGGGACCAUUUGUUUAGAGAAGUAUUGAGUCUUUGGCCUUUCUCGGUUCAAAACUCAUAUUAGGGCAGGGACCAACAGAAACAGUCAACAGAGCACCAUCCACGGCGAUUCCUUCCAGGGACCAGAUCAUGAUCGAGAACAUUCUCGGAUGUUUAUUUCGAUUUCCUAGUAAGAGGAAAUAGGUAUAGGAGUACGAGGAGUACUUUGUUUUCAAUAAUCUAUAUCAUAUCGUAUUGAAAAAGGGUAAGAACGGUCGUCGUCAGGAAAUCAUGUUAAAAAAACGCCAAGUAGGUCGUGUUCGUGUAAGAGGAUUCAGAUACAGUUGCCAGGAGCGCAGAUGCAGUAUGAGCGCGGUGCUUCUAGCUCUAAAAAUGGUGGCCGAGGACAGCCCAGCGAUGCUUCUACCUUUGCGCCACCUGUGUGCGAGGGACUGGGGAGCAGUAUGCUUCCGAAGCAGGAACAGCUAGGGACGCUUCACCCGGAUACCAUCGUGCAAAUUGAGCUUGGUAUGUACGGCGCCACUGAUUGAGAACAAGGGUUAUACAGGGGUAGGACACUACGUCGGGCUGCAUAGCGGUGUCCUUGAUGUAGCAGACAUCGCACGCUUAGGGAGUACUAUAACGGGGUAUGAGUAAUGUCGUCCAGAGGUGUUUUUAAUGUUCUUUUUUAUAGCUCUUCGUGUAUCCAGGGGGCAAAAAGAAAAACAAGUACUUACUUCCAGGUAAGGGGCAACGCAAACGUAUCAUAGUUCCUUGGAACCCGAACCGACGACAUAAUUGAUAAUUCACUACUUGUUGGUAUUCUUGGUAAAAAGUAUGCACCACGAGCGAUCUCAUUCUCAAUCAGUCGUGACAUCGCCAUUCAUCCCAAGUGUUUCGCAUAUGCAGUGAUGUUCAACCUGGCAAGGGUCGGGUGGCUUCAGCCGCUUUGUCGGCUGUCGCCGUCAGGAGUCUACGAAACGAUACUUUUCGGAGCCAUGGGAAAUUAUGGCAACAUCAGUCUAGUCUACUUGUUAGAGAGUCGUCUUCUGUUAUCAACCGGAACCGGCUCUAACCGGAACCGCUAUUAUACCUUAGGUAAGGAGGUUGAGAAGUCUCUUCAUCCAGCCUAUGUAUUAUUCUUCUGUGGUCCUGAUGGUCAGUGUAAUACGGCUCCUUAGGUAGUGUAGCUUUAGCUAGAACUAGAACACGGAGCGAACGCAUGACGUGGCCAGCGUUUAAUCUUGGGCGAGUAAAAAAACUGCUCUUAUUACUCGGAGUUCAUCAUCUUUGAUCGCUCAACAAGUCAAUCAUGCGGAAAAAUAUGUCCACCUGAUGAAAAUCUCGCGCCGUGUCACCGCUACAUAGCCCUAGCGAGUGCGCCCCAUGCAGUCUGCUCCACCCAUUCACCUUACACCAACUUGCGUAGAAUUCAUUGCCCCCUCCCCUCCUCUCGGUAUCCCCAGGUACAGGGUCCCGCCCGCUACCAUGAGGGAUUUAGUAGCCAGGUGCAUCAGCAGGACGGAAGAAUGGGGGCCGGUGGGCUACAGGAUAGCCAUGGAUCCGACUCUCGCUCCUUGUCAACGGUAGGCGGACGCGCGCCCUGAUUAGGGCGUGGCCACUGCCGGGCGGCUUUCCCCACAGUGGCAUCCGCGGGUGUCAAGUGGGCGAGGCCUGUGGUCGCGCUGUUCAGUUCGCCGCAAGGUGCCGCCGCGCUGACCAGGAUGAAAGAAUGAAUGAAAAUGAAUAGAUAAGUACAAUAUAAUUAUCCAAAAAUAUGUGGAUAAGAACCUAACCAACGAACAGCUCCUACACUCAUCAUCAGGCUCAAAUCGAGGUCAAUAUUGACCAUGACUAAGGAAAAAGACGCUCUGUUUUGGUGGAUGACCGCUUGAUUCUCUCUCCUGUGGGCGGUAUGGAUAUCAUGUGGAGAUAUAAGCUUAAGUUAAGGCUACCGCUGCCGCAUCCUUAAAUAACUUCAUCAUCCUUGGCUUCUUUUUCAAGGGCGAAGUAGAGGGCUCACGAAUGAGCUCGAGGAUGCGACGCGGUAGCUCUAAUUACGGGCUUGUAUGGACAGUAUAUGCUAUCACCAGUGCUUGACACCUCACCAACAUUAUGGCCUUCACCUUCACCGAAGUGAGAUUAUAUCCCUUCUGCUUCUUCGAAGUGGUUAAAUGACAAUUACCGUAGCAAGUCUAGUAAGAAGUGAGAUUAAUAUUUAUAUGUAUAUCAAGGACAAUCAAUGCUUUUUAGGACAACUUGGCAGGAUGUAGGUUAACAAAAUUGACACGAAUCGCAUUCAACUAAGGACAAACAUCAAAAAUGAAGGCCUCUCUGUCAAUUCUGACUUUCCACUGCUGUGCAGAAGCUCUGAGUUCUAGGCUCCGUGUGUUUUCUUUCCGUUGUUAAAAGAAUUUCAUUUCCUUUGGUCUUCCUCGGUCUAUCUCAUUAUAUGUAUAUCUUUUACCUACAUCACCUUCACCGUAUGUAGUUGUAAAUCUAAGAAGUCCAAAUAAUGCGGUCGUGUGGUCCUCUAGUACUUUUUAAUACCGUAUUAAAAUCUUAAAUCAAUCUCUAUUCUAAGUAUCGGCAGCUUGUGGGUGGACAGCAUUUAUUGUUGAUUAUGAACAUGAAUAGCGGCUUAGCACUGCCGUUGUAUGUAAUCUUCGUAAUUGAUCAGUAGUCUUGGAAGGAAAGGAAAAACAAAAUGUCUUGGUAAAUUGUAAAAUAAAAACACUCUAACACAAGUGGAGUUGCAGCUGAAAGGGUACACGAAAAUGAUUGGUUCAUACGUCUCUACCAAUAAAGGAGGAGACCCAAGGGUUGCGGGACUCACACUCGCUGGACCAUUCUUAAGGCCCUCUAACAGUCGCUGAUGAUGAAAAAAAGUAGAUAAUUAAAAUUAUCCAUCUACUUCUAUGUUGUCAUUAUGUUGGAGUAUCUCUAUGUACGGAGUCGCUCCUCCUGUCGCUCCGAGGAGGAGAUCCUCUUCUUGAGUGGAGGUUCUCGUCUUGUUAUUUGGUAACCUAAAUUCGGUCACAGGAGAUGGCGCUUUCUUCUUGUUUUCUCGUUUUUUCGCAUCAAAGAACUGAGACAACCACAACUACCGAAAUUUAUUCCUAUAAGAUUUAUAAGAUAAUAACUAACUAACUGACUAACUAACUGACUAACGAAAUUUUUAUAAACCAGCAGAAAAAUCUUUUUCUGAAUUAUAGUACAUCACUUCUAACAUUGAGUCCCUCGCGGCCGGACACGCCCGUGGUCGACACUGGUUGGGAGCUAAUGUUUGAUCCUAGAACCAAGUACGCACAAUCUGUGACUUACCGCAAAACCAAAUCUGAUAGUCGACAGUUGGACGUAAAGGAAUUUAAGGUUUACCAAAUUGCAUCCCGCACUCGAAUCCUUGUCUCUUUUUCUACUUGAAAAAGGCGCCGAGGAUGUUCUCAGGAAUACAAUUCUCUAACGACUUGAUGGACCAGUUCGAUGUGAAGCAAGCUGAGAUGUUAAAUGUGGAAGGGUACAUGAAUUUAAGGAGCUCUGUUCUUACUAGCUUUAAUAAUAUCCAUCUUAUUUGUUUCUACUCACCAGGAGCAUCUCGAUGAUGAUACAACACAUCGUACACAUUUUGAUGGUACGAGCGCCCGAGGGCGUACCACGUGCGAGGCGAUCGGGUCGCGCGCGAAAGAAUAAUAAUAAUAAUAAUGAUUUUGAAGUUUCCCUUGUAUUCUUUUCAGCAUCUCAGUGAUAUUACUUAUACACCUUUUGUUUCCCUUGUAUGUUGAUUCAUAAUACUUAAUUUUUUCAUGGGAAAGUAAGUAGGUCGUGCUGGUGGACGAGCCCACCCCCACCUCAUCACAUGUUCUUUUUGUUUUCGCUGGGUCAUCUUCGUUAUCUAACGGAAGAAGAGCAAAAUCCGAAUCCAUCGCAGUGUGAGAUCUUCGCGGGAUGGGUAGGGAGAGUCGUGCAUCUUGUGGUCUCACGUUUCCGUCAGCAGUAUCGCAAGAUGCUGCGAGAAGGUAGCUCGAAGACUGCCAGCAUUGCAAACGUCGUUAAGGGUCGUUUCCGAAUUAGAACAGUCGUACACUGCCAAUAAUGCUUCUCCUCAAUCCCGGGUUCCGGCACGUGGCUGCGGUGGGGACCCCCUGAGCCUGAAUCUAGUGUGCUGACUUGCUCUCGGGGCCUGGCUGCGUCGGGUUGCGCCUUAGUUGUUCUACAGGGGUCGAGUGUGCGGCUCUUCCGCGGAUAGGUGUAGACUUGUUGGCCGAAUGUGCGGCCUUUUGCGCCCCCAGUAUGUAACUGUUUAAUUAUUUAAUUUACUAGAAAUGUUGUAUAUAUUUAUAGUUAUAUGGUUGAUUAAAAGAUGGGCGGUGGCAUAUAGUCCGAACGAAAAAAAAAAGUACUUCUACCUCUCUUGGCGAGGAACCUGGAGAGGACCCGAAUCGAAUCGAACCACCCUGGCUCUUUUCGUAGUAGAAAAGAAGCCAGCUUUGUUCAAUAUGUUCUGAGGAGAGGAAACUACAUUCCGUAACCUGCUCUAACAUCGUGUGCUCACUCUCCUCUCUGAAGGCACACACCGUCUCGUCGGAAAUGAAAGUGAAAGAAGCUGCCGAAUAUCUGCUCGCGCAAGGAAAACGUGAGAAGUGGGAUGAACGUGAAUUCGAACGUAAGGGAAUGGGAGGACAGGUUCUGAAACAAAACUACCAGGGCUGCGAAGACUGGCUUGUAUGAGGCCACUCAUUGAGAAUCCAAGUUACAGUGGAAUGUCAAGUCAGGCUUGGCAGAUGAACAUGACUAGUACUUGUACUAGUCGCAGCAGCAUGAGCAUCAUCUUGUUUUCCUUUUCCAGGCGACGAAGAUGACGAAGGUAAAGGGGGAACGACCUUCCCCCAUCGGCAUUCUCAAUGAGUGGAAGCAUUCUUCAUGGUUCUGGCUGCGGUUUCUGAGGGAGCAAAAGUUUUUGGCCAUUUUAUGACACCACGAAAAAGCGUUCCUGGAGAUUUUGUACUCAUCAUGAUCCACCUUGAUGUCCUCAAGAAACUAGGCUACUUGGAGGUCUAAUUACUAGGAAAGAAAGUGCCUCGUUUCUACUGGAGUAUGUAAGUUGAGUACACUUUUUCCUUCCACAUAUAUCGGACGAAAAUCACCAAGUCUUCAGCAGCAACUCAUUCAUGCAGAGUCGCGCCAUGAUGUUGAUGAAUCAGACAGCGACAGCGAGCAGUACGAAAACGAAUAGUUUCUACUUUGAGUUAAGGCUUCCCCUAAUCCAUCUCCAGAAGUAGCAUCUUCAGGCUGCCUUAUAAUCAGUGGAGAACGGCUUCACGAUGCGUAGAGUUCCAAGAUGGACUAGGGUAAGCUCUAACUGAAGCAAGUCCAGCCGGUUGGUCAUUCUUUGAACUUUCAGAACAUCUCAAUGCGGGUGAAAACUGUUUAUGGAGGCUCAGAACGGAUGGGAGGAGCACUUGUUCAUCUUAAAGAGAAGCACGACAGAAUCAGAACAAUACCGAUAUUUGUUCUCACCUCGUGUUAAUGUUUUUCCUAGGAGGUAUGAUACAUAGGUGGUAGGCCUGAUUCAUCAUAUCUUCUGUGCGGCGGGCGUUCUGUGCCCGUGCUUUGUCUUUAGGAUUCAGCCGCUCUUUUUGUUUGCUCUUAUUUCCCUGUGGUUGUGCCGUUAUCAAGGAGGGGCCGCCCCUUGGGUGGCCCCGGUUUCUUGUAAUCACAUAUCUCCUGUGCGAACAUAAUCAUAGUGCUUAUGUCCUCUUUGCUCUAACCUCUAUGGGCGUCACGUGUAGUUCGUUUCCAGAAGACGAUGCUGAAGAUGCUGGCCCUCACGGCGACGACAAGAGUGCUGAUCAUUACGAAGAUGAUGGUGACCACGUGGGUCGUGAAGAGGAUGGGCAGGGGCAUCAAGACGAGAUCGGCCAGCAGGGACCUGCAGAGGGGGGCCAGAUGAUUACGGAGCAGGACGAGCAGGCGCCGCCUGCCGAACCUGAGCAGGACGCGCAAGAGCAUAUCAACAAGGAGAUCGAGGAAGCGAAAAAGGCUGCGGAAAUGAAUUACGGAGGUUGGAAUGGCUCUUCCUUGAUAUCCUUGAUUGAUCAUUCAAAAAGUCUAGACCUCUCACCAUUCUUUGUCAAAAGUGUAGGUACGGGGUGACCAGAUACUCCUCACCGCACAUCUACUCCUGUCGACUUUGUAUUUUCCUAAGUACUACUACCACUAGCACUAGGUCCUCAUCCUCUAAGGCAAAAAGGACGCAACAUCAGAAACUCGUGGUCCAGGACACAAGGAGCCCAAAACGAACAAGGCAUCGAUGAACGAAGCUCAAUGGCGUGAGAAGAUCCGAAGCGAGGCCAUUGGUUGCAGAACAGAGCAUACUAUGACGCACUGUUUCUUUCUCAUACUUGCAAAUAUAUGAUGAAGUCUUUUGUUCACAAGAAGGAGGUGCCGCGGGCGGCCAUCCACUGCAUUGAAAAGUUACUCUUAUUUCUUUCAACUUCUAAAAAAGAUGCCGCGCAACAACCUUCCCUUCUAGCACUGUACUGAAUAUAAAUGAACUACUCUUUCUUUCAAGAACGACCUCUAAGUCGAAACAAGGCGAGGCUCAUGCCCUGUGUCCAUGCUUGAUGGAGCCGGCGAACGCGGAUUGGAUGUCCCUUUGUGUCCUCAUCUACGUGGACUCAACAACCGGCAACGUGGGCAAGUUUGAUCUAACUUUAAGGUCAGCUGUGUUUAUCCAUCUUUCUCGGCAGCACCUUGGUACCCUGUACCCUUGUAUUUCAUCAUGGGAAACAACGGGUCGAGGUGAAGGGGCCGACGAGAUGAAUAAAAGCCGACGCAGCUAAUAACUUCUGGCGGAGGCGGUCUGGUGUCGAUAGCCAAGAAGACCUAUGUUAGGGCUAUAUCUCUGACGUCCUACUUCACAACCUCAAUCCUUGACUGAUGUUUUUUUAGCCACGAAGAUGAUCUCCAUCUAGAAGAAACAGAAAGUUUCUAUUUCAUCAUUCCCUUUGAUAUAAGAAAGGAUGAUGGAAGAAUUUAUACUGCAGCCUCUUGCUGUUCUACCUACUUAGUAUGUUCUAUAAUCAGAGCUAUUAAUGCAUAUGCAAUUAUACUGCAAGUGCAGCCUCUUUCUGAAGGCUUAGGAAAGCCGCCCUAUCCUAUCCUAUCCUAUCCUAUCCUAUCCUAUCCUAUGCUCUUGUUGUUCAUGUUCUAACUAUGAAAAGAUAAAGACUUCCGUUGGAGAUGCAGCUGCAUCUUCGAAGGCGCUGGAGGAGUCACAAUUUGUACGCAGGUUACUCACGCGCAAGAAAGUGAACAACUUGCAUCCGGUGGCUGGUAAGUACCUAGGCCCUCCGACUUCUGCUAAGAUUAAGGCUUAUAUCAUAGUUUAAUAUUUAUCAACCACAUAAAGAAAAAGCAGCCAGUUCGGCUUUCCCUCAUAACCUAGGUGUGUCUCUUCGUUCAAUACUAUAUAAGUUUCAGGGGUGGAGUUCACCCCCUGUGGAUGGAGCGGCGGUGGCGUCCGCGCGCCGUUUUUUCCGCCUCUGGGGGCGAAAGCCUGAGGCUCCUGGUGGCUCUACCCCAAAGGCGUCCCGACUCUUGGACCCUAUCAGGGAGACGGCCGCCGGGGGAAGAAGGCGGCCGCGGUCGCGCGGCCUGGCCCCUUUGGCCCUCAUCCCCCCAAUUGGUGAGGCGUGCCCGCCUGGGUCUUGUCGGAUACAUGCAGCACGGAGGAAGGGGCCAAGCCUUGCCGCCUGCUGCCCUCGGAGGCCUUCCACCUCCAAAGAAACUCCCCCAGUGAGGAACCCGCACCCUGGAGGCCUGCGACAAUCCAAAGGGGGCCCAGCCUUGCCAUCUUCGGGAGCCGUCCGCCCCCGGCCUUCGGUGCUUCAGCGGCCUCAGGGAUGGGGGCCUUGUAGGGUCCAGGCAAGAAGCGGGACGAAGGGGUCGGAGGUGGGCGCUUGGAGGCCUUCCCGCCUGGCAGUCCCUCGGGAAAAAGGGCCCAGGGCGGGAGGCCCCAAAUUUAGAUCGCGGAGGGGCCUUGGCCGCUUCCCCUGGAGCGUCAUAUAUGUUUAUCAAUAUCUCACUCGCAUUCCCACGACGUGGAAGUGCUGGAGUAGUUGCCUCACUUUCCAAAUCAUCCCACGUGGAAGAGAGUGGAGUCUGCUGAUUGAUCCCCUGUUGGAAUGGCAGGAGAGAUAGUGAACAGCUACAACGAACUUGUCCCUUAGCGUUAAUAAAAGCACAUGCGCAUUUUGGGAAAUGAGGCGGCGGCUGCAGACAGUAGACCUGGAUAAGAAAGUGAGCGGGAGCAACCAUCUUUUUGGCUUGAUGAUGUUAAGGCUUGUUCUUGUGGUCCUGAACAUACUCACACAGACAUAGAUAUUAGUAUUGCAGCUGGCUUAGUGGUUUAGGCGUUGGCUUGUACACUUAUCAGCACCACAAGACCCAUCAUGAAGCACUAAAAUCCUACACGCUAAGUACUGAUCCACUGCUUAAUAAUCGUUUGUCCCGAGUAGUCAGCUAUGAUAAGCAAAAGAUGCUGUCUGAGUCUGUUUCGGCUGUCCUCGUCUUCUCUGUUUCCUCUGGUGUCCUCGUCUUCUUUCAACAAGGUGCGGACUCUUCUGUCGUGAGAGAUCCAAAAUUUAUUUCGAUAGCUCUAUGCAUUUUCUAAUCCCCUGCUCUUUUGUAGUUUUUUCUAGGCUUGCUUUUUUUGUAGUUUUUCUACCUAAGCUUGUGGCUCCACCGAUCCUGAUGGAUUCUAUUCUAAUGGUGGACUUGACAAGUGCGCAGAAAAUAUAUGGGGGCCGCCUGGGUCAUAGCCCUCGUGAACCAAGGGAAAAAAAUGGCUUCCAGAUUUAUCCUGGUCUUAAGGCUCAAACUUCCUUGCCAUUGGUCACUGAAAGUGGUCACUGAGAUCGAAGAAGGCUCCUGUGAGAGAACAACAGGGGAAAACAGUAUAAGGGAAAACAAGUACGUAGAGAGGUACGUACUAGGGAGGUGUGUCUGUGCCGGGUCUUGUCCCUUCAGAAUGAUCAGCGACCAAUGAGUGUCGACCUUUAAUGGUCACGCUAUUGCAGUCGAAUACAUGGGCAUCCUGGCCUUUCCCUUGGACCCUUCCCGAGUGGCUAGUGGACGCUUAGUGGACGUUCUUUUUAUGUUCACAAGAUCAAGAAUGAUAAUGAUGAAAAGCAAAAACAAUAAAGCUUAAUAUUACUUAGGCAGAUUCCCGAGUAGAUUCACAUCGUCAGUAUUACUGUGCUGUAUAUUUACUCGUCCUCACAGUCUGCUCUAGUAGUGCUGCUCCAGCAGAAUUUACUAAAACUACAAUUUGUUUCUUGAUGAAAUCAUCCGCUAUAGUCGUUCAUCACGUUCAUACUUCUUUUCUUCAUGUCCUUCUUUCAUACAUUUGGUUUACGUAGUCGGCAUUCGAGAUCCGAAUUGGGCUAAAUUGAAACCCGAGCAGCUGAGGGGACGCAGGAGGCGGUUUGGUGCUGUCGCAGACCUAAUUUAUGGUCAGCUGCAUUUGGUAAAUACAGAUCAUCGACGCCUGCUAUUAAAUCCUUCACAACCUCCAAAUAUAAAAAAGAGCUAUUGUUGCUGAGGCCACGGUAGAGUGCAUGAAUGAUAAUGAAUAGGCUUCAGCCAUAAGAGAUGAAGAGUCUUUUGAUUAUGGGGGUACAUCUAAGAAAUUCAACAGUUUUCAGAGAAUGCAGACUCCAGCAGUGUAAAGUUCACUCUGGAUACCACAGAUCGAACGUCGAAGGCGAAAGAAUUCUUCGCAGGUAAACAAGCACAAGUUAAGACCAUGGCAAAGGUUACUUCCUAGUAGUUACAUGUUGUAUCAUGUAAAGGAAAACGUUACAACUAUUAAGUAGCCUUCUCUACUUCGUCAUCUGUUCUCUUGCACUACUUAUUCAACUAAAAUUGAAGUCAUCUCUUUUCUCUUGUUCUAAGGAAACCUUUGAAUUAAACGAGUUCUGUAGCCACCAUCCGCAGGAGAAGACUUUUCCUGACCAACUUAACGACCAGAACCAUGCGAAAGCGUACUUGCUGAAUCCCGGAGAAACAGAUGCUCUGCUUGUGAAGGACUUGUCUGCAGAUUGUCUCACACUUAAGGCUACUUGUGCAAGAACUUUGGAGAAGAUGCAUGCCACUAUUGAUUUUUGUCCGUUCCACGUGCGCGUGCACUCUGCUGAGAUGAAGUGGGUAGUUCCCCUUCUAUUCGCCAUUCGUUCCACGUGGAGUACGUGUCGUUGAGUAGCUUUCACCCUCGUCCCUUAGAUGAAGAAAGCCAGGGAUGAAAUCUAAGGGGAAAGAAGAGACAAGUCACUCUAAGGGGAAACAAGAAGAGACAAUCUUAGGGAAAUCGAACGGGAAAGAAGAUGAGAGAGACAAGUAGUUAAUGCUCAGCCAGCACCACGCAUAGAAGUGAUACUUCUCACUCUAGUACAACUAGGGCUAUCUAACUCACCCCUACGCCCAUCACCCUUGCUGUUUGGAAAAGCACAUGAAGCAGACAGCGAAACGGAAAAAACAGCAGGAGUGAAAGGCACUAGUUUCCUAGCUUGGGAUAAUCUUAAGGCUACUUCUGCUUUAGAUAAUUUUUUGUCAACCACGACGUUCUUCUCUUGCUAGUAGCUGUUCUACAUGAUAUUUGUAAAACUAAUAAUUCGUCAUUCACAUCAGUUGUUCUUUAUCUUCGAUGAGGCAUGACUUCUCAUAUCUGAAGGAAAGUAUUAGAAGCAUGAAGAUGUUGGAGUCUCAGAGUACCACGUAAUAUGACUAAGUACCUACCGCCUCGUCGCUUCCCCCUGCUGAACAAGAAGCAGAUACUCAUACUCUACAACUACUUCGAGAAUGCAAUUCUAAUAAUCUUGGCCAAGAAGCGAUAGAAUGGGCACAAGAAUCGGGCGAAAGACCUGGAGCAUUGGGCAUAUCCAUCUCUUUAAGAGUGAGCAAGACUGAACUAGAGCAGAAUCUUCUUAUAGAAGAAGAUCGCUUCUCCUUCUGGUUCUGAGAAGUUGAUGUACUACAACUUUUUAUUCAUGAUUAACUAAGUUCUUCUUGCUGUUGAUUCUUGUUGUUCAUGUUCUACUUGAAAACAGGGGAUGUCGAUGUAGUUGAAGAAGAAUAAAUAUUGAUGCUGUAGCCUUUUCGCUUGUUCUACCAUCUAGUACUUCUUCUAAUCACAUCAAACGUGCUUCCGGAACAAAAUCCGAACAAUCCUGUCUACCCAUUGGGCUUUCAGGGGAGCCGUAUCCUGUGGCAGCAGGACCAACAAUUUCCUACUCAGUAA